UUGGUCUGGUAGGGUAUCGACUAUCGAGGUUAAUGAAUUAUUUUUUAAUAAAUUAUUUAUUUUACUAGUCAUAUUUACAGCAUUUAAUAAAAUAGAAUAUGAUAUAAAUUAAAAAUGAUAUAUUCUUAUAAAGGUGUUAUAUUUAUUAUAUUAGUAUGUCACAUAACGUUGGCAUUCACAGCCGAUCACCUACUCGAAGGUAUAUAUUGCGGUAAAGAAAACUGCUAUGAAGUUUUGGGUGUCACCAGAGAAGCCACUAAGAACGAGAUUGGCAGAGCUUACAGACAAUUAGCGAAAAGGUUUCACCCAGACUUGCAUAGAGGUGAGAAAGAAAAGAAAGAGGCUGAAGAAAAAUUCAAACAAAUAGCAACCGCUUACGAAAUCCUUCGAGAUGACGAAGAAAGAACAGAUUAUGACUACAUGUUGGAUAACCCUCAGUCGUACUAUGCUCAUUAUUACAGAUAUUACCGUCGCCGAUUGGCACCUAAAGUAGACGUGAGAAUUGUUCUGGCUGUAACAAUAACUAUUAUAUCCAUAAUACAAUAUUACAGUGCGUGGUCAAAGUAUGAUACAGCCAUAAAAUACUUUAUGACAAUUCCCAAGUACAGAAAUCGUGCAUUAGAUAUUGCUAAAGCUGAAGCAAAAGAGUUACAGGUAAAAAAUAAAGGCCCAAAGAAAUCUAAGGCAGAAUUAAAAGAAGAACAGGACAGAAUAAUAAGACGUGUAAUAGAAGAGAAUAUGGACAUAAAAGGGGCAUAUGCUAAACCCGAAAUUAUGGACAUACUUUGGAUACAAAUAAUAAUAUUACCAUACACAAUAUCAUAUUAUAUUUACUGGUAUUUAAGAUGGUUCUGGAAAUUUACUAUUCUUAAGCAACCAUAUGGAACUGAAGAGAAGUUGUAUAUAAUCAGAAAAUAUAUGAAACUGGGCCUCCACCAGUUCAAUGCCUUAGAGGAUGAAGAGAAACAAGAGUACUUAGAUGAAGAAUUGUGGAUAAAGGAUAAUUUUACAAUAUGGAAAGAAAAGAAAGAUGAAGAAACGAAAAAGUCAUUAGCAGAGAACAACAAGUAUAAGCAAUAUAGGAGGUAUAUCAAACAACAUGGAGUAGGACGGAUGACCUUCGACGACUCAUGAUAUUUGAUUGUUAUUAUUAAAUUUAUCUUAACAAUAUUCAAGAAGGUAGUAGAUAAGAAAUUGUGGAUUAUUUAUAUAAAAUGAGAAUCAAUGCACUGGAUUGUUGAAUAAUUUAUUUAUACUGUUUCCCAAAUCUGUUUGUUACAGUCCAAUAACAUAAUGGACAUAAAUAAAACCAACUUUUUACACAA